AAUCAGGAUUGCGGCGUAGCUCUAAUCAGAUCCGUCUGCCUGAUCCUUUGAUAAACUCGUCAUCGGGAUUCACAAGUUCGGCGAACAUGUUGCGAUUCAGCGGACUAUCCGGGUUGGAGCGAAGCGAUGUCUUGAAUAACGUCGACAAGGAUCUGGCUGUCCUUGCCGAAUUAGGAUAAAGCAGACAUAAAAAACAGCUGCUAGUCUGAUAGUAGCUGAACCGCUGCCACAGCUAGAUUGGACAGACAAUGGUCGCUUGUAAAGUGUAAACACUGUAGAAUCGAUCAAGAAGCUUUAUCACGUCGCACAGACUAAACAUCGAUCACCGCUGCCGUUCCAGAAUGCUAUCAAAUCACCGAGUUCUGGUCCAGGAUAGCCUCAGCGGACCAUGCCGUGGAAGCGCCUUAAUAUACAACCUUGAGGCUAGCAGAUGCCUAUCAGGUCUUGCCGCUAGAUCCUUGCAUCUGUCUUGCAUUAGGGAGAUAGGUUGCCAUGGACUUGAGCCAUUCGGCUGUCUCGACUGCCCACAAGAAGUGACAAUACCUAGUAGAAUUCAGCAUUAUAGCGACGAUUUGGAAUCGAGCGUUGUCAGUCGUCAGAACGUGAGAUCCAGGUCCUCUGCGAAAAUCACUGCCCAUUCCAAGCAUGUCGUCUUACCUCGGAAAAGUAUGCAUCGACGUUAAAUCACCGUCUCGCCAUCAUGGCGCUUAUGCUGUUCCGACCUUGAGUCCCUCGUGUUGGCCGCUUCUUCCGAGAUCCUUCCGAGCGCAAGUGCAUUAGUUAUUGAACAUUCUCGUCAGCCAACGCGGCUCUCCAUUCUUCGAAUCUGCCUAGCGCGCUUUUGCUGAAUCGUGGAUGAGUGCAAUGCCUGGUUGAGCAGCGAGCACAGCCUGCGACUGCUCGCACAUGCAGGGUUUGCAGCAGAGAGGAUUAUCUCAGAACCUACUCGUCCCUGUGCGUCGUCCGCGCUACCCGACACCUAACCUGAGUCGCGUAGAUAUACAGCAGCAGCGAGUGCAGGCUUACAAAUGAAUGCAUUAUCGCAGCGAAUCAGGACUCACGUGGCGCACGGUCGGCCCUGUUUGGAGUCAAAUAAUCAGUCUUCUGGAGCGAUCGUCUUGUGUUCCCUGAGCGCUAUCAUCCUUCCACCAGACGAAUCCUUCCUCUUUCACUUUUUUUUGCAGUCCUUUGUCUGGCGCACCAUCUUUCUCUAACCUUCGUCCCCACUCCUCCUCAGUCCCUCCAGACUUCUGGCCUCUGCAGUGCGCUCGCCCAAUAACCUCCUCUGCGGCCUUGCAGACACGCCCAUCCCCCCGAUCAAAACUACACACAGACACUGUUGGUCAUACCCACCCCCGUCGUACCCACAUCGGUUCCAUCAGCGGCAAGCUGUGAAUCAUUUUUUAUCGCUGCCCUCCGUCCCCCGGGCGCGCGCUGGGUGGCUCUGCUUUUCUGCAGACCAGCGAACCUUGGAUUUUCCCCCUGGUUCCCGACUUGCCGAGUCGCCUUGGUUCACAACUGAGAGGUCUGCGUCAGCCUCAUGUGGCGGUGCGUCUGUUGCCCGCGGUGCCCGCCUGCCACCAGCCACACCAGCUGCUUCUGCCUUGAUUAGUCACCGUCUAACGUGAUCUUCCCCUCUCCAGCCAGAAGUUAAUCCAGCAUUCCGUGAUCCCGUCCACCACAAGAAGCGUCGCCAGUCCCCUCCUCCAAUCUCUUAAGGUAUCCCCGCGACCUGGAGCCUUUGACACUGAUUUGCUCCAACUUUUCCCCGGCUGAUCCGCCCGACUGCCACCCUUCCCAGUCUUCCCACCCAACUGCAUACGAAACCCGCGACGACACGUCGACUCUGAGUUGUCCGAGGGCCACCUGCAUCGUCGCCGUUUCUUCUUUUUCGCCUCUUUGCAGUAGCCCAUCACCCUCUCUCGGCGUUCUGACUUCUCGCGCGUCUCUCUGACCCGCCCGCGGCUUCGCGACCGCUCUUUCACCCUCCUCCCGUCCCUCCUUGGCCCGCCAUGUAUGGCUCCCAUUCCGUCUCCGCUCCGAUGAAUGGGCUCGGAGGGGAUUUGGUUGAUGGCUCGGGCACCAUCAAUCCUGCUGCUCUAAAUAACGCAAAUGUAUCUGUUGUUUUACCAACACCGUCGUAUGGAGCAGUAGAUCCGAGUACGAUCCCUCGUGGUAUCAAGCGCGGUCGCACGCCGGAACAGCGCGGACCUUCUCGCGAUGGAGAGCACGACGAUGUAGUCGCAGAUGACCAAAGUCGUCGGAAAAGAGGACGACCGCCAAAGACGCCACGGCCACCUACUGCCGGUGAUCAAGCCACCGUAAACCCGCAACUGCAGACUCCCCGAAUGCAGACCCAGCAAUUGCAGCAAUCUCCCGCAAACGCGUCACCACCGCUUGCCUCGCCUCCGGAGAAGACAACUCCGACCAAAGCUCCAUUGGUCAAGGCGCUUCCGACUGUGAGGGAUCAUACCACCGAUCAACUGAACGAGGCGCGCGAUGAAUACAUUCCCAAAGAGUUCGACGAAGCGGGCGAGAAGAAGGUUGAUGCCGAUGGCUAUCUACAGGGCGAGCGCGAGUACAGGUGUCGGACGUUCACCGUUCCAAACCGCGGGAAGAAACUGUUUAUGCUGGCAACGGAAUGCGCUCGGGUUCUUUCGUACAGAGACUCCUACCUCUUAUUCAACAAGAACCGGUCGUUGCACAAGAUCAUCGCCAAUCAGGUCGAAAAAGACGAUCUGAUUCAGCAGGACAUUCUUCCUUACUCCUAUCGCUCCCGCCAAAUCGCCAUUGUUUCAGCUCGAUCGAUGUUUCGUCAGUUCGGUAGUCGGGUCAUCGUAAAUGGACGACGGGUGCGCGACGACUAUUGGGAAAGCAAGGCCCGGAAGCAGGGUUUCACCGAGGACGAUUUGGCAGGUGAAAAACGCCCAGGCGGCGCCAAGGCUCGAGAGGCUGCGGCGGAAGCUGCAAACGCGGCCAACCUCCUGCCAACGUUGACUCACGGCGAUGUUAUUUACAGCAACGCGCUCGAGACCGUUCCCACUAAUUUGUCUGCCUCUCUAUCACAAACACUUCCGAUGAUCCACAUGGCGACCACGACCGACGACCCGCGCCUUCGGGAAUACAACAGCAUGGCUCGACCGCGACAGGAAUUGACCGGCCAGCCUUUCCAAGACCGAACGCAGCCCAGCAGCGCCGCUGAAAUCCUGAACCAGGCGAACCACACGGCAGAAUUCAAUAAAAUCCUGACGUCGCAGCGCAACUUCCGUCAGAAGGGCCUGGAAGAGUUCUACUCCAAGCAACGGGAAGUCCCGGUGACAGCGGCGCAGACACAGCCGGGCCAGAUCGAGCCAACCACGUCUGUGGCUCAGCCCAUGCAGUCCCCCCGGUUGUCAACAGCGGGUGUGCUGAACUCGACGCCCGCACAGCCGUCUAUGAUGCCGCAGGCGCCAAUGAUGUCUAGCCAAGCCGGUUUUCAGCCACCAACAAUGCACCAACAAGCCACUGUGGCGCAGUCGCCCAUUCGAGCCAUGCCUCCAGUUCGUCCCGACCUCAUGCAUCAGCGGUCCAACCCGGCUUUGACGCCACAGGCAGCCGUGCCUUACGGCUAUCCCUCGCAGCAGCAGCAACAACAGAUGUGGGGUCAACCGCCUCCCCAUCCUCAGCCUUCUCCUUUAUCCUCCAACCCUCAAGGAAUCCCUCAGUACCCGUCUCAGCUACAGCAACAGAGCUCGCAACCGCAACAACCUCAACAGCAACCCUCUCCGUCUCCUCUCGCCCACAACGUGCCGCAGCAGCAUCCGUCGCAAUCUCCCCGUAACCAAAUUCGGCCGUCGGUGCCCCAGAUGCCGCAGUCAUUUGCGAUGCACCACCCGCAAACGCCACAGCAACAGUCCAUGGCGUCGAUGGGUUUCCCCGGUGGCAACCCGCAGUACCCCAUGGCUGCGCGCGGCAUGUAUCCAUCUCAACACGGCCCAGCUGGUCAGCAGCAAUUCAUGGCUGGGACUCCUCAACAGCCGGGAAUGAACAUGGGGAUGAACCCAGCCAUGCCUGGCUGGCCUAAUCAGCCCAUGCAACCCGGACAUCCCCAGCCAGGGUGGUCAAACUACUGAAUGAAUUCUCACUCUUGUUUUCUAGGCGUCCAGGAGUAGUGUGAAUUCGGGCUCAACAACCUGUUUAUCAUUCUUUGAGAUCAACGCCACUUCUUUUUUUUCCGCGGCAAUACAUUCUUGAGGAUCAGUUAUACACUUUGUGUGAUUGUUUCGACAUGGGGACCAUAUUUUCCUCUAAUUUCCCUGUUUCAUUCAAUACCCCAUGCUAUACCCGAUUAUGCUCUGUUUAUUUGGUUUCGGGAGCUAGGAAGUCUUGUGAAUUCAUGAUGUUGUGCAUUGUCUAUGACAUAGAGGGGAUUCGGAUACCUAGUUUGGAUAGUUGUCUGUAUUUUGUAUUCUGGGAGGAAGGCGUCUUGUCCUCGCUUCAAUCUUCGUGGCAUCUCUUCUCUCUUCAGGCCUGUGUUGCAUUUGCCCUAUUGGCUAUUCUGUUCAGCACUACCGUACUAGUACCCCAGCUUCUUACAUUAGUUCUAUACUUCGGCACUUUUGUUGUUACGAUUUUAUGUUUAUAUGUACUUGAUGCUCAAAGCUUCAGAUUGAUCUUUUUAUUCAACUCUACCGCUACUAUCUCUUGUCUUG